CGCCGCGGCGCUGGGCCCGCCCGGCGGCGCAUGCGACCCGGGGAGGCGGGGGAUGGCCGGCCAUGGCGGCGGCGGCGGCCUCGGCGCUGCGGCAGUACCUGCUGCUGCUGGCGCAGGAGCACCUCGAGUUCCGCCUGCCGGAAAUAACAUCUUUGCUCUCGCUUUAUGGUGGACAAUUCAGUGGUGAGCAGGAAAUUAAUGUAAAUUCUCCAUUUUGGAUUCUCAAUAUUCCUUCAGAAGAGAUGGCAAGGGGACUAAUGAAACGGACAGUAUGUGCAAAGUCUGUAUUUGAACUGUGGGGACAUGGAAGAUCUGUGGGGGAGCUCUAUGCAUCUUUGAAGAACUAUCCAAUGGACAAAAUGCUUGCAUAUCUACAGUCAGACUCUACUUACAAAGUACACAUUCAUACAUUUAAUAAAACACUGACCCAAGCACAGAAAAUAAAAAAGAUAGAUGCCCUUGAAUUUCUGCCAUUCAAAGGAAAAGUAAAUUUAAAGAAUCCAGAACACAUCUUCUGGAUUUUGGAAGAUUAUGGAAUGGAUCCUAAUAAUGUUCCAGAAGAGCCCUUUCAUCUGUAUUUUGGUAGAUGGAUUGCAGACGGCCAAAGAGAACUUAUUGAGGCCUACAGUGUAAAAAAGAGACACUUUAUUGGAAAUACAAGCAUGGAUGCCUGCCUGUCUUUCAUUAUGGCAAACCAUGGGAGAGUAAAACCCAAUGAUGUUGUAUAUGAUCCAUUUGUUGGAACAGGUGGCCUUCUAAUCUCCUCAGCACACUUUGGAGCAUAUGUGUGUGGUACUGAUAUAGAUUACAACACAAUCCACGGAUUAGGUAAGGCAAGCAGAAAGAACCAGAAAUGGAGAGGGCCAGAUGAAAAUAUCAGAGCUAAUCUCAGACAGUAUGGUUUAGAGAAAUACUACCUUGAUGCACUAGUUUCUGAUUCUUCAAGACCAAUAUGGCGAAAAGGGAUGCUGUUUGAUGCAAUCAUUACAGAUCCGCCAUAUGGUAUCAGAGAAGCUACUCGCAGAACAGGUUCACAAAAGGAAACAGUUAAGUCAGCUGAAAGAAGCACAGAAAAUCACAUCUUCGUUUCAUCCAAUUAUCAUCUAAGUGACAUCUUUUUUGACCUAUUGAAGUUUGCGGCUGAAUAUCUGGUGAUGGGAGGAAGACUAGUUUACUGGCUGCCGAUAUACAGGCCUGAAUAUACAGAAGAGAUCAUUCCCCGCCACCCGUGCCUGAAACUUAUUAGCAACUGUGAGCAGAUGCUUUCCAGCCACACAUCAAGGCGCCUGAUAACCAUGGAAAAGGUGAAAGAAUUCAAGGAUCAAGAUCAGAAUUCUUACUUGUUGGAUGGUCAGUAUAUGCCAUACAGGGGACACAAUUCUUUCCGUGAGAAGUAUUUCAGUGGUGUGACAAAGAGGAUUGCCAAGGAAGAAAAAGACAAUCAGAAGUAAAAUACAAUAUAAACAGAUUAAAAAAUGAGGAAAGAAUGAAGAUCGUGUUUCUUUGUAAGGACAUCUGGAUAUGAACAUUCAUUUGGAUGCUUCAGAAAAAUAAAUGCUGCUUUUAAUUUUAAAACAAGAUGAAACCCACAACACAGGUUGAGAGCAGUUUUUUUAAUUAGCUUUGUUUAUAGCACAUUUUAUUGUACAAGUUUUUUGAGUCUUAUUUAAUUUAUAUUUGUACUUUCAAGUACUAAUGAUGAUUGACUAAAACCAUUAUUAUUGUUCUUUCACCAUUAACGUUUACAAAAAAGUAGUAGUAUUAUUUGGCUUCUUAAACUGUGAACAUCUGGCUGUUUCAGAAACACGUGGUGGUGAUCAAGGAUUGCUUAUUAAGAAGAUCAUUUUCAUUUGUUUUUUUGUAAAUGGUAUAUAAUAAAACAAAAGAUUGUUGUGAGUUUUUUUAA